AUGACGUAUUCCAAGACUUCGAAUAGUGCCUACAGUGCUACAGCCAAAGACAGAGGGGCGUCGGAACAGGUCGCAAGCGGCGCGUUCCACUCCAGUCAUGGCGGCCCUGGGGCAGGGGGUGGGCGGCGGGGCGCCCGAGACGUGCGGGCUGGAUCGGUGAAACUGCUGCUGAGCCCGGGAGGAUCAGGCUCAAGUUCAUUACAGAUCACAAAACAUGAUGUCUUGCUGGCCACUUUAAAAUCUAACCUGUCUGCUCUGGAGGACAAGUUUUUGAAGGAUCUUCAGUGGAAGAAAUUGGAACUCCUAAGAAAUGACAUUGCUAGUAAGGCAAAAUGGCCACAAAAUUCUGUGGACAUCACUUGGAGUUUUACUUCUCAAACCCUGUUGUUGCUUUUGUGCUUGAAAGAGACUAUGAUCCAUCUUGCUGCUGGUUUUAACCCAAAUAAACCCAACCCCAGGACUCCAGAAGCUGCUCCUGCCCUGAGCCCUGAUACUCUUAGUAUCUCACAGCAGAAGACUGUCCAGUCGGUUUUGCAGUUUAUAGUCACUUUGGGUGUCUGCCCCUAUCUCAUGCCUGGUGUUGGAGUCCCUUUGAGGUACAGGACUGAGUUUGGUGCUGUCGUUCAAGACGUGGUGAAUCUCGAUGCUGCUCCUAAUGCAUCCCGGAGACUGUACACCAGCUGUAUGGCUCUCCUAAGUAUUGCUCAGCAUGCAUCUCUAGGGAGUUUGAUUUUCUGCCGCCAUUUUGGGGAUAUUGCAGCAGGUCUGUGCCAACUGGGAUUCUGCCCAACCAAAACAAAACCACCAACACCUGCAGAAGAGGUUUUAACUGGAGAAGAAAGAACCCUAUCCAGGGAGACCUUGAGAAACAUCUUGGAUCAAGUAUAUCAACCAUUAGCAGUCCGAGAAUUACUUAUUCUCCAGGGAGGACCACCCCAGUCUUGUGCAGAUGUGAAGACACAGCUUAGGUGUCGGACCCCAGCUUGGCUUCGACGUCUGUGUGGGCAACUCCUCUCAGAAAGGUUAAUGAGACCCAGUGGUGUACAGGCAGUAGUCCGGGGCAUUUUGGAAGGAGCAGGUGCUGGGGCAGCUGGCGGGAGUGAUGCUGAGGCGAUGGCUGCUGACUGGAAGAAGUGUGACUUGAUUGCAAAGAUUUUGGCUUCCUGUCCCCAGCAGUCUCUUUCACCAGAGAAUUACUACAAGGAUAUCUGCCCCCAGAUUCUGGAUUUAUUUCACUUUCGAGAUCAAUUGACAGCACGACAAUUUCAGAGAGUUGCCACCACUACCUUCAUAACUAUGGCAAGAGAACACCCACAACUGGCAGCAAAAUAUUUGCUUCAGCCAGUGUUAGCUCCUCUUCACCAAUGUCUAAAUACAGCAGAGAUUCCGGAGAGUGGCAUGGUGCCAGGGACCAUUUUGGUUACAGAAGAAGAACUUAGUAGAAGUAUCGAGGAUGUGUUUAAGGUGUACGUGGUUGGGAACGAGCCUGUAACAGUUUUAUUGGAUUCCCUGCUUCCAGUCCUGGGAAUGCUCUUUUCUCUCUACUGUUUUACCAAGCAGAGUGUGUCACACAUAAGAUCACUUUGCCAAGAGAUCUUAUUAUGGAUCCUAGAGAAGCUGGAAAGGAAGAAGGCAAUUGCCUGCCUGUCAGGAUUUGCAGGCUUGGACAAAGCUGUGCCCUCUCUCCAUCCUCUGUGUCAGUUUAGAGUUGCCACUCAAGGUGGCAUUAUGAUUACCAUCAAAAAGACCAUUAGUGUUGAAGACGAAGAUGAAGAUGAAGCCUUGUACCAGAAGGUGUCUUCAGAGCAGGGCCAGAUGGAACAUCUUGGGGACUUGCUGUCCCACUGCCAGAAGAGUGGUCUGGCAGGAGACUUCUUCAUCUUCUGUUUAAAGGAGUUGACUUAUGUGGCUGUGGAAAAUGAAGCAGAGUUAAAAAGUAAGCCCUUCUCCAGCAAAAGCUUCUUGGAAUUAGAGCAACACCAGACUCUUCGUGUAGAAAGCCAAGAGCGGAAGCUGCUGGUCCUACAGCUGAUGGCCGUUUUGUGUGAGAGACUGUCCGAGCAGAUAUUCACAAACAUCACUCAGGUGGUGGACUUUGUAGCAGCAACACUGCAGAGAGCAUGCGCAAGCUUAGUCCAUCAGGCAGAGAGCACCGUGGAAUCCCAGACACUGAGCAUGUCUAUGGGGCUGGUGGCUGUCAUGCUGGGAGGAGCUGUUCAGUUGAAAUCAAGUGAUUUUGCUGCCAUGAAGCAGUUGCUGCCUCUGUUGGAGAAGGUCUCCACCACAUACCCUGACCCCGUCAUCCAAGAACUUGCCGUUGAUCUCCGCAUCACCAUCUCUACACAUGGCGCCUUUGCUACUGAGACUGUCAGUGUGGCUGCCCAGACUACCUUGAAUAAAAAAAAUCCAGAAGGGAAAAUAGAAAAGCAGCAACAAACCAGUCAUGGAAAAUACACUGAAAUAGCUAAGAGCCACCUCCAGCAACAGCAGAGCCAUGAGAAUCUCCCCCAAACAGGUCUGCAGUCUGAUGCUUCAUGUGUUCCUAAGGAGGUCAGUGAGCCCAGCACUCCUACACACCAGAAAUCUGAAAGCAUAACCACAGAACAGCUCCAGGAGGUUCUCUUAUCAGCUUAUGAUCCUCAAAUUCCAACACGGGCUGCUGCCCUGCGUACUCUUUCCAAGGCUGCUGCCCUCCGUCCUCUUUCCCCUUGGAUAGAGCAGAGAGAAGCAAAAGCCCUGGAGCUACAAGAAAAGCUUCUCCAGAUAUUCUUGGAGAACUUGGAGCAUGAAGACACUUUUGUAUACCUGUCUGCAAUUCAGGGAGUUGCCCUGCUCUCAGAUGUAUACCCUGAGAAGAUCUUGCUUGACCUGUUGGCUCAGUAUGACAGCAGCAAAGCCAAGCACACGCCAGAGACCAGAAUGAAAGUCGGGGAAGUCCUGAUGCGAAUUGUCAGGGCAUUAGGAGAUAUGCUUGCAAAGUAUCGAGAACCUUUGAUCCACACUUUCCUGAGAGGAGUGAGAGACCCAGAUAGUGCUCACAGGGCCAGCAGCUUAGCCAACCUUGGAGAACUGUGCCAACACCUGGACUUUCUGCUUGGUCCUGUGGUCCAUGAGGUAACAGCUUGCCUGAUUGCUGUAGCUAAAACAGACCAUGAAGUUCAAGUGCGCAGAGCUGCCAUCCACGUGAUUGUGCUGCUGCUUCGGGGACUUAGCCAGAAAGCUACUGAGGUGCUGAGAGAUGUCCUCAAGGAUCUCUACCACCUGCUAAAGCAUGUGGUACGUUUGGAGCCCGACGAUGUGGCCAAGCUCCAUGCUCAGCUGGCCCUGGAAGAGCUGGAUGAGAUCAUGAGAAACUUCCUGUUCCCACCACAGAAGCUGGAGAAGAAGAUUGUGGUCCUUCCAUAGACCCAGUUCUAAGCAAGAGCAGUACCCAAGCCUUCCAGCAGGUGGCCCCACUACCUCUUUGGUGCUGGCAGUAUGGCUGACCCUGGAGGUGGCUUUAUGACACUGGUUGGUUGGGUCUUCAGACUGACUUUCCUAAAGUAUCUAUUUUGCCAUCCUGCAUCCAGCCCAAAGUAUGUGCAGUUAAAAGAAAAAAUAGAUUAAAAAUCUUAUGAAUUUG